CUCUGCAGCAGGCCGCUGCAAGUCGCCAUCGUCACUCAGCUUUUUGCGGCAAUCUUUGCGCUGGGGUCUUGGGCAGAGAGAGAGAGAUAUAGAUGAGUUGGGGUGGAGCGCAGCGGAGAGAUAAGGCUGGACGGUCAAAGCCAGGGAAGCCCUUUCCCCGGUGACGCAGCGCCUCGGGGGAGUUCUGUCCGGAGCUGGGCGUGCUGAUUGCGCCUCCUCUGCCCCGCGGGCGGCCAACCAGAGGCGGAGGAGGAGGCGGCGCCGCGAGGAGGAUGUAGCGGGAUCCGCGGAGGGAGACUCGAGGGGGCCGCAGAGCGCGCGCAAGGGAGGUUCCGCGUUGCGCACGGCUUCUGUCCGGCGAGCCCGCCCUGAUGGAGGAUCCCGUUAGCUCGGCGCUGCUGGCGGCCGCCGGGCUGCUGCUGGCGCUGUGGUGGCUGCUGGGCCGCCGCCGCCGGCCGCUGCAGGGGCUCCCGCCGGGUCCCAAGCCGUGGCCUUUGGUGGGCAACUUCGCCUUCGCCUUGCUGCCCAACCCGCUGGUGCGCAAGCGGCUUCUGAACAUGGACCGGCAGAAGCAGCUCCCCAAAGGCGAAGGCGGCGCCGGGAGGGAGCAGCAACCGCUGCAGCAGAACCCCCCGCACCUGCUACUCACCGCCCUGGCCAAGAUCUACGGCAGCAUCUUCAGCCUCUUCGUGGGCAGCCGGCCGCUCAUCAUGCUCAGCGACUUCGAGGCCGUGCGGGACGCCCUGGUCAACCAGGCCGAGGUCUUCAGCGACCGGCCCAGCAUACCCAUAGUGGCCCUCCUCUCCAAGAGGAAAGGUAAGGCAAAAAGGGGGCGGCGUGGGGAAGGGCUCAGAUCCGCAAAGGGGCAGUUCGGCCGCCCUUCCCCAGGGUCGUGGGUUUGGGGCCCACGUCAGGCAAAAGAGGCCUGCAUUGCAGGGGGUGGGGACCCUUGCAGUCCCUUCUAACUCCCCAUUUCUCUGAUUCUGUGACUCCUGGCAGCUGCAUGCAUUGGCCUGUGAAGCAGGAUGCCAGCGGCCGGGUGAGUGUGGCACCUGUGGCUGGGGUAUAUAACUUGAAUAAUAAUAAGCCCCCAAGAAGGAAGUCCUAUUAGGAUUAUUGAGUGGCAGGUCCAGCUGCAGGCCUCCCUUGGAGUGCCAGGAGGGAGUGAAAUACGACUUUGAUUGCGGGGCUUGAUGAGACUAUUUCUUAGGAUUAACAGAGUGCUUUGCAUAUAUUGCCAUAAGCCAGAUGUUCUUGGGCUUCAACUCCCAUCACUCACUGCUGGGAGCUGUGUUCUAUAACAUCUGGAGGGCACCAGGUUGGCAAAGGCUACUUGAAGCUGUGCAUCUAAGCUCCUUGAACAUGGUGGGACAUAUUUCCUAAUAUUUCCACUGUCCUGCAUGUAAUCCUUCCAACAGCUCUGUAAGGUAGGCUAACAUUAUUGUUGGAGUGUGUUAAUGUGGUUUGCCUAAGACUGUGUUGCGAGGAAAACCAGCAGACUUUCAAGACUUGAUUACCACAAUGUGCUCUACGCUGGGCUUCUGUCACACUUGAUCCAGAAGCUGCAGUUAGUGCAGGAUGCGGCAGCCCGAUUGCUGACAGGAGUGAGACCUUGUGAGCACAUAGCACCUGCACUCAGAGAUCUGCACUAGUUGCCGGUAUAUAAGAAUGUUGGAAUUGUGUUAAUUACUUUGCAGUUAUUCAGGGGGCUGUAGAGUUCUAAAGUGGAAGAGACCGAGGAAGCGUCUGUGGAUGUACAGAAAAUGUUCAGCAAAAUACAGAACCCUAUAGAUCUGGUUUUACUCUGGCCAUCUGUUGGCGAUGCUCAUAUAAGUGGGAAUUGCUGGCAUCAAUCCCUGUAGCACUGGGGUUGCAAACCUUUCUUGGGCCCGUGAGCCCAUUUGCAAACUGUCACGGGCAUCCCACACAAAAAACACACAACCAAGCACGCACUGUACCCUAUUCUGUUGGUAGUGAAUGCAAGAAUUGUAGAGUUAGAAAGAGUCCAACCCCUUGCAAUACAGGAAUCUCAGCAUGCAGUUCCUCAUCCAGUUUGAAACCUUACCGGAUCCUGCUUAGCUUUGCAAAUGUGCUAGCGGUUUUAGUGCUGCAGCAAUAAAGUUUAACAGGAGAUAGCUGAGUACUUAACUUCUCAGAUAGUUGGCAGUCCUUUAGUAAGAGUAAGAUAAGUUACUUCAUAGAGGCCUCUGGUGAUGCUGCAGGCUGCAUCUUUUCUGCAUUAACACAUGUAGCUGUUUCCAGCAUUUCUUUGCCAGUGACACCUGUGUGUUGAAAGCUGCAGACUGUUGUAGCUGACUGCAUAUGCAGAUUUUCUAUUGCCUUUCAGGUUUCCCAUAUAACCUACUGCAAAGGGAAACCACAGGCACCUGUUGUUGAAUACUGCGGUAUAAUAUGACAGUGGUGAGAGAGAUAUGUUUGUGAGUUCUAUCCCUAUUCAGGAUUCUUCUUUCUAACAAAGAAACUUUGCUAUCUGAUGCUGUGUUUGUUUUUGCAGCUUCCCUGUCAGUCUAAAAUAGUUGGAGAGGAGCACCAGAUAACUACGCAAUCUCCCAGUUCUGACCAAACAAUUCACUUGGACUUGUAAGAAGCGCUGCGGAUAAAUGUAGUUUCCAAAUACACUAACAGGGAUUAUUGUACAGUCAGCAAACACACACAUACACCCCCGCUGUGUAGUCAGGAGUUGCAAUUUCGACAGUCUUUGGAAGUUCCCCUCCAAAGUUUCUAGCAGGAUGAAAGUAGAGUUUGAAAAUAUUGAGGCAGUUCUUCAAACGGCUCAGAUAAAGAGACAGCUUGCUCCUUGUCUGCAUUCUGUUCCUUUAUCCCUUGCUUGCCUUCUGCUGCCCAUUUUCAUAGUUUCUCUGCUAAUUUUGCAAAACAAUAAACAAACAUAAACUCCCCCUAAAGUUCCAGAUUAAUAUUGUGCAACUCUUUUGUAUAAUCGUACAUGUCCAAAUUUGGUUCUCCUGGGCAAAGAAUAACUGUCUUCUGAAACGUAGUCAAUUCUUGGUUGUGCAGGUCCAAAAAGCAGCAGCUCUGCCUUCUCAAGUAGCCCAACAUCUAGCCUGUUAAGCACCAUAGCAGCUUUCAGAGAUUUGUACAAGGAACAAAGUAAUUUAGAGUAGCUCUCAGUAGCUACUUCAAAAAACGAUGCUGCAAAGCUAACAUGACUAGAAGCGUUUGCCUUUUAACAUGGGACCCAUUCCUCUUGUCACCGAGACAUUUAUACUAAGGAAGUUUUACACUUAGAGGUUUUUGAGCAGAGGUUGGAUCAUGGAUGCUUUUUAGCUGAGAUUCCUAAAUUGUAGGGGGUUGGACUAGAUGACCUUGGGAGCCCCCAUUCCGACUCUAUGAUUCUAUAAAAUUGAAUAAAAACUGCGGGAGGCAGUGAAAGACAGGAGUGCCUGGCGUGCUCUGGUCCAUGGGGUCACGAAGAGUCGGACACAACUAAACGGCUAAACAACAACAACGUUGCUUUGAAGUAAGCAGAAUGUGAUUCCAGCAUGUGUCUUAAAUUAAGGGCCUUAUCUAAUUAAAAGGCCCCCUUCUCCCAUUGCCACCCUGCUCCCUACUGAUUGGAGGGAUGGUAUCGGUAAGGGCUCUGAGGAAGGCAGGUUGAUGUGGCAGAUGGUAUUCCUUCAAAAGUCCAGGUCUCAAGCUGUAUACAGCUUUGUACUAGGGUUUGUUAAAAUGCAUAUAUUAGUGAAGAUAACAUACAGAAGUGAAUUAUAUUUUGUGUAUAUUAAGCAAAGUUGCAUAUAAACAUAGGUAUAAUAGGAGAAAUUUGUGCUAAAAAGCUCGUGUAUUUUCAUGGGGGCUUUUUAAAAAUAAAAAAUUGCAAACUGAUGUGGAAAUGUGGAGAACUGAAUUGAACACUGGAAAAACGUGAAACUGGGAGAAGCUGAAAUUGGCAGAUUCACCCAUACCUAAUCAUAAGUGAUACCUCUUCAGCAGCUUACUGAUAAAAGGGUUGGUGUGGUGUAAUGGGAUCCCUUGUGGCAUUUUCAGCUGGAGCAACCAAAUUCAUACCCUUGCUUGGUCUCAAAGCCAAUUGAGCAAGUUGAUAUCUUGGCAACAGUGCAACUACAGUUUCAUCACAAGUAUAAAUGUCCUUGGGUAUACAAUAGAUGUGAAGAUAUGGUACCCUGAUAACUUGUUAUCAAGACUGUGUGUAAAUAAUACUAUUAUGCAAGUUUGGACUUGAACAUUGGAGCCAGAGUGUCCAACGUUCAUGUGUAUUCAUGCAUGCACUACCAAGAGCUUUAGGGUCUUUUGCUAGAGUUAAGGUGUGUGUUUGUCAUGAAUAUCUGUUUACCCUUCACUUUAUGCCCACAAGAAGUUCUUGCAUAAAAUAAAUAAAGAUUUAUUUUAUGGUUUAUUACAUGAAAUGAAAGGGACGGAAUAUAUACCGUAUUUUUCGCCCUAUAGGAUGCACCGUCCCAUAAGGCGCACCUAGUUUUUUGGGGGAGAAAUAAAGGGGAAAAAAUGAUUUCCCCCCCAGGUGCGGGGCUGGGGCGGGGGAAGCCCGAGCUUCCCCCGACAUCAGCCCCCAAACAGACAGCUCUCUUCAAGCCGUGGGAGCCCAGCGCUGGCUCCCGCUGCUUCCUGAGAGGUCCGCAAAGCCUGGACGCGCUGAGCUCAGCGCGGGCAGGCUUCAGCGUGCAGGCAACUCUCCGCAAGCAGUGGGAGCGCUCCCGCUGCUUGCGGAGAGGUCCACGAAGGCUGGACGCUCUGAGCUCAGUGCGCGCAGGCUUCAGCGUGCUGGCAACUUGCGGAGAGGUCCGCGAAGCCUUGACAAGCUGAGCUCAGCGCGCGCAGGCUUCAGCGUGCUGGCAACUUGCAGAGAGGUCCGCGAAGCCUGGACAAGCUGAGCUCAGCGCGCGCAGGCUUCAGCAUGCAGGCAACUCUCCACAAGCACAAGCUUGCGGAGAGGUGCGCGAAGCCUGGAGAGCGAGAAGGGUUGGUGCGCACCGACCCCUCUCGCUCUCCAGGCUUCAGCGAAAGCCUGCAUUCACCCCAUAGGACGCACACACAUUUCUUGUCUUACUGUUAUCUUGUUAUUGCCUAGGUGGGAACCCUUCUUUAAUUGGAAUUGUUAAAAUUUUGCUGGUAACUAGAUGCAAUUAUCAUCAUCAACAUGUGGGUAUCUUUACACAAAGUAUUAGAAUCACAUAAUCAUCGAGUUGGAAGGUACCCAGAUCAUCAUCUUGUCCAUCCUUCUGCUGCACAUUGGGGAAAAGAUUCCUGCAUUGCAGAGAGUUGGACUAGAUGACACUCGUGGUUUCAUCCAACUCUGCAAUUCCGCGAUGCUAUGAUUCAAUGAACUUUUUCAUAAACCAUUCUGAGGUUUUGGGUUGUUGUUGUUGUUUAAAAUCAAGCAGUGUGUAAAUAUUAUGAAAUAGGUAAAGAUAAAGGACCCCUGGAUAGUUAAAUCCAGUCAAAAGUGACUUUGGACUUGCGGUGCUCAUCUCGCUUUCAGGCUGAGGGAGCCAGUGUUUGUCCACAGACAGCUUUCCGAGUCAUGUGGCCAGCAUGACUAAAAUGGUUGUGGCACAACGGGACACCAUGACAACUGCCAGAGCGCAUGGAAAUGCCGUUUACUUUCCUUAUUUAUCUACUUGCACUGGCAUGCUUUUGAACUGCUAGGUUGGGAGAAGCUGGGACAGAGCAACAGGAGCUCACCCCGUCACGGGGAUUCAAACCGCCGAUUUUCCGAUCGGCAAGCCCAAGAGGCUGAGUAGUUUAGACCACAGCGCCACCCGCAUCCCAUGAAAUGAAAUGAAAACUGGGGAGAACCCAGGAUUUCCUGUAGUUCAAAGUUUCAAGGUAUCUUACAAACAAAACCGAAAACUCUGUUCUCGAUUUCAAUGUUUUACCCCUUUCUUUUCCUCCAGGUGUGGUUUUUGCCCCUUACGGCCCGGUGUGGAAGAAACAGAGGAAGUUCUCCCAUUCAACCCUCCGUCACUUUGGACUAGGAAAGCACAGCUUGGAGCCUAAAAUAAUCGAAGAAUUCAAGUAUGUGAAAGCAGAGAUCCUGAAGCAUGGGGACGAGAAGUUCAACCCCUUCCCCAUAAUUGGCAACGCCGUGUCGAACGUCAUCUGCUCCAUGGCCUUAGGCAGGCGCUUUGACUAUGACGACGCCAGCCUCAAGACCAUGCUGAAGCUCAUGUCUCGUGGUCUGGAGCUAAGCCUGAACAGUCACAUGAUUCUGGUCAACAUCUGCCCUUGGCUCUACUACCUCCCAAUCUAUCCUUUCCGAGUGCUUAGGCAGAUUGAGCUGGAUAUCACGGCCUUCCUGAAGACUAUUAUCGCACAGCACCGGGAAAGCCUCGAUAGCCAGAAUCCCCGAGACUUCAUCGACAUGUACCUCCUUCACGCAGAUGAGGAAAGGAAGAUAGACAGCGAGAGCAGCUUCACUGAAGACUACCUGUUUUUUAUUAUUGCGGACCUUUUCAUCGCAGGCACAGACACCACAUCCAAUACCCUUCUCUGGAGUCUGCUUUACAUGUCGCUUCACCCACAGGAACAAAGUAAAUGUCAUUCUUUCUCCAGUGGCUGAUUCUUAAUUGGGUUUGCUCUUAUUAUGCAAGCUAUCCAUUUUGGGGGGGUUUUCCACAGCAUUGUUGGGAAGAACUGGGUGUAUAAUACAGUGGUACCUCAGGUUAAGUACUUAAUUCGUUCCGGAGGUCCGUACUUAACCUGAAUCUGUACUUAACCUGAAGCACCGCUUUAGCUAAUGGGGCCUCCUGCUGCCCCUGCGCUGCCGGAGCAUGAUUUCUGUUCUCAUCCUGAAGCAAAGUUCUUAACCUGAAGCACUAUUUCUGGGUUAGCGGAGUCUGUAACUUGAAGCGUAUGUAACCUGAGGUACCACUGUAUGGCCAUAGCUGCACCUUUCUGAUCAAAUCUUGCAUGGAAAACAAUCACCCGCAACACAACAGGGAACACAGUACUUGGGUGCUGACAGGCUAUCCAUGGGUACUAGUCAAAAUGACUCUCUAGGCACACACACACCAACACACAGGGCUGCCACCCCUGUUGCUCACUCUGCUUGCCAACCACACCUCCUCACCAACACCUUUGCUAACUCUCUUCCCUCACACCUGGGUGACCAAACCCCCCCUUGCUUUAGACUUCGCCCACGUCCCCUCACGGCUUGCCCCAAUCCUCACUCCCUUUUAAAGGAGGGUGGGAGGCAUUUCAGAGAGUGGUCCGGCAAACUCUCUGAAGCGUCUGUCCCAUUCUGUUAUGUCUCGCUGCGACUGUGUUUAAUAUAGGGCACCUCCCCCCCUCCUUCAAACAGCUUGCCUUGGCCAGUGGCCACCAGUGCUGCUCGCUUGCCUGCCUGCCUGCUAUUCUCUCAUGCUACAGUGUAAAGACAGCUUUCCAUUUUUAUCUAUCUAUCUAUGAGGCAGUAUAUACCUCUGAAUUGUAGUAGCUGAUGGAGGGAGCAGUUGUUCUCAGGUCUUCCUUUGGGGCUUGUUGCCAUAGGCAUCUGGUUGGCCAUGUCAGGAGUUCAGCCUACACUCGAGUAGGACCCCGGCAGAGACACAUGCCCGACUGGCAUGUUCUCUCCCUCCUGGUUGAUUGUUCCAGAGCUUCGUAAGCUUUCUUCAGUCCGAACAUCACAGCGACCGAUGCCAACCAACACCGGCACACUCAGAGAUCCGCAGAGUUUGCGCAUCAUGCGCGUGACAGACCUCAGCAAUGCAGCAUUUUGGCUAAUCUAUUUUAUUUACAUAUAAACACACACGGAGCACUGCAACAUGGCUCCCUCUCUCUAUAGCAUCAGACAGCAAAGAGAAAAAGAACAAAGGACAGUAGUCCCACUUCAUGGAACACAGUAACACAAACAUCCUGUCUCCGUCACUUCCCACUCUGUGGAGUCAAAACAUAUACCGCCAUGUGAUAGACAAAAAUCCCAUGACUGCAAUCAUAGAUCAAGAAUUCUAACAGGCCAUUGGGUAAAUAGGGUCCCGAGCUAAAUGAGGCUCUGGUUGGAUCCAAGAGGGCUCUUACUAUGUUCUUAUAGGAACCCAAAACAGGGUCACUGAGGAAAAAGCAGAUAGCUAUGGGCAUGCUUUUGUGAAUCCUGAGGUAUGCAAAGAGACAAAAAGCAAAGCUUCAAAAUGACAACUCCCCCACCCACUCACACCUAAAGUUCAAUGAGUACUGGACAUAGAAUCAUUGAACUGCAGAGUUGGAAGCGACCCCAGUGGUCCUUUAGUUCAACCCAUGCAAUGCAGGAAUUUCAGCCAAAGCAUCCAUGACAGAUGGCCAUCUAAACUUGGCUUAAAAUCCUCCAAGGAAGGGGAGUCCACCACCUUCCGAGGGAGACUAUUCAGCUCUUCCCACCAGAAAGUUCUUCCUAACAUUUAGUUGGAAUUUCCUUUCUUGUAACUUGAAUCCAUUGGUUUGGGUUAUACCCUCCAGAGCAGGAGAAAACAAGCUUGCUCCAUCCUCCAUGUGACAGAUAUUUGAAGAUGGCCAUCGUAUCUCCUCUCAGUCUCUUCUUUCCCAGGCUAAACAUUCCCAACUCCCUCAACCAUUCCUCAUAAGGCUUGGUUUCCAGACAUGCUUGUUGUUUUCCCGGGAGCAUGGCAUUUUGAGUGUUGGUGGAAAAAGAAAAACUGGAAACCAAGGAGGAAUAGCAAAUUGGAUUCCUUGAGACUCUAACAGCUUAUAGCAGGGCUGGGAACUUGUUUGGCCUUUGAGGUAUUGUUGGACUCUAACUCCCAUCAGCCUCAGCCAGCAUGGCCAAUGAUAAUAAUAAUAAUAAUAAUAAUUUAUUAUUUGUACCCCGCCCAUCUGGCUGGGUUUCCCCAGCCACUCUGGGCGGCUUCCAUAGAAACAAAAAAUACAGUAAAAUAUCACAGAUUAAAAGCUUCCCUGAACAGGGCUGCCUUAAGAUGCCUUCUAAAUGUCAGGUAGUUAUUUAUCGCUUUGACAUCUGAUGGGAGGGCGUUCCACAGGGCGGGCGCCACUACCGAGAAGGCCCUCUGCCUGGUUCCCUGUAGCUUUGCUUCUCGCAAUGAGGGAACCGCCAGAAGGCCCUCGGCACUGGACCUCAGCGUCCGGGCAGAAUGAUGGGGGUGGAGACGCUCCUUCAGGUAUACUGGGCCGAGGCCGUUUAGGGCUUUAAAGGUCAACACCAACACUUUGAAUUGUGCUCGGAAACGUACUGGGAGCCAAUGUAGGUCUUUCAAGACCGGUGUUAUGUGGUCUCGGCGGCCGCCCCCAGUCACCAGUCUAGCUGCCGCAUUCUGGAUUAAUUGUAGUUUCUGGGUCACCUUCAAAGGUAGCCCCACGUAGAGCGCGUUGCAGUAGUCCAAGCGGGCGAUAACUAGAGCAUGCACCACUCUGGCGAGACAGUCCGCGGGCAGGUAGGGUCUCAGCCUGCGUACCAGGGAUGAUCAGGGAUGAUGGGAGUUGUAGCUGCAGGCAGAAUUAGUGUUUCUGUGUUUUAAUACAUUUCUUCUCCUCUGCCACAACACUCUCUAACCCACUCCCCAAUUCUGUAAAAAAAAACUGGACAGUUUCAAGUAGAUGGCUGCAGAUGGGGUUCAUUUUAAUAAGUUAUUAUACAUACAGAGCCAGAUUUUCUUAUUACUGGGUUUGUAUGUCUCAUGGGGCAAAGACCUAGAGUAUCCUUGGAGUCAGGUUAUAUUAAAUAUUAUAUUAAAUAAUAGUUGGGUUAUAUUAAAAGUGAAAAGUUGGUUUUAAUGGUCACCUAAUGUUUUUAAUAUAUUCCAGCUUUUAUUCAUUCUCUUUCCACCCCAUAGCCAUUUCGAUUUCUAAAUCACAUAGCUGUGAUGAGCACCUAAAAUCAGUCAAUUUUACUUCUUGGAGUACAUUUAAAGCUUUCUGUUUCCCAAAAGUUGAUUCUCUUAGUUCCUUCCAGAAAACAGACAGCUGCGUUUUGAGUGUUUGUUAGAUGCGUAGUGGCAUGAAUGUCAAAAGAUGAUGGUGUGAUGGCAGUCUGUGGUACACAAAGCUCUCUGAAAGGUGUUAACAUAACUUUCACUGUAAAGACCUUUUCUAAUCUUAUCUAAUUCAGAUAGAGUUCCCUUUAUUGUACUGUGGCUAAAGUCACUUCCAGACAAUCUGUUUAUUGAGCAUCCAUCCUGUUUAGUGUGGGCAAAGUUUGGGGGGAUGUUAGGUGACGUUGGCUACUUAUUGAACAUUUGUUCUGCUCUGUGUGCAGAAUAGCUGACCUCAUGUCAAGCAAUUUCCAUCCCAUACUUUCCAGUGCAUUUCCCCAUCACUUUCCUUAUUGCAAAAAGCCUGAUUGUAUGUGUGCAAGAGCCCAGCAAACUUUUACUGCACAACCUGAAUUUGCUAGUAUUAUAUGAUUAAAUCCCACCUGAAAAUAGCAAAAAUCUGGAAGUGCCCUUAAGUCGAGUAUGUUUAGGAUCACAGCAGUAAUACUUCUGAUUGUAGACACUGGAGGGCAGUGUUUGACAUGCAAUUAGUAUUUAAUUUGUUAAAAGAGAGAGGUCUGAGUGUAAUCUCUCUCUUCUUCUUUUUGCAGCCUUGCUCGCUAAUCCCAGAAGUGCAUGAUGCCAUCAUAGAAACCUAAUGUAAAGUAAAUAAAUUGCAUAAAGCCCAUUUAGCUAGGGUUGCCUAAUUUGAAGAGCAAAAAGGAGGCGACUCUCAUUUUAAAUACCCCUACUAUAAGUAGGCUAUAGAAGCUGUAAUAUAUUGCUGAGAGGGGCAGGAGAAGAGAAGAGGAAAGCCUUCAUCCACCAGCUAUGUCUAUGUCUCAUCCAGAAAGUAUAGCCAGAGACAUUUUGGCAAAUUUAACAAAAUCCACCUGGACAGAAAUUUUACCCCUGAAAAAGAGGGUGUGUCCUGGAAAAAGAGGACACUUGGCAACCCUAAUUUAGCCAUUUAGUCCCAGUGCUCAUCUUACUGUCUCUUGUUUUGCACAGAAAAGGUCCAGGAAGAAAUUGAUUUGGUCAUUGGGCGCAAUAGGCCUCCUACCCUUGUGGACAAGGCACGUAUGCCCUUCACAGAAGCAACCAUCAUGGAAGUUCAAAGGAUGACGGUGGUUGUACCUCUUUCAAUUCCUCGAAUGGCCUCAGAAACUACAGGUAAGCGUUUUUGAUAGGCUGCUGCUCUCACAUUUUGGUACGAGUUCAUUUAGCCAAAAGCUGAUUUUCACAUUGGAGAGAAACAAGGAAGGCUGAAAUUUGAACAAGCUUUCUUUAUACUAGGUCUAUCCUGUUAGGUCUUUUGGUCUAUCCUAGAUUGGCAGCAGCUUUCCAGGGUUGCCAGGGACAGGAGAGUCUGAAGUUUUACAGGCAAAUUGCCCAUUAUCACAUUUUUAUCUGCUUUAUGGAGCAAUACUAGAGCUGAAGUGAGAAUGGACUGUGGUCAGGCUUAAGAGAACCAAUGUGGUGUAGUGGUUAAGAGUGGUAGACUCGUAAUCUGAUGAACCAGGUUCGCGUCUCUGCUCCUCCACAUUCAGCUGCUGGGUGACCUUGGGCCAGUCACACUUCUCUGAAGUCUCUCAGCCCCACUCACCUCACAGAGUGUUUGUUGUGGGGGAGGAAGGGAAAGGAGAAUGUUAGCUGCUUUGAGACUCCUUCGGCUAGUGAUAAAGCGGGAUAUCAAAUCCAAAGUCUUCUUAAGUGCUUGAACUGUUGUGCACCUCCAGGCAUUGCACAUGUAGUAGAUACUUCAUUAAUGAGCUGCUUUUGCAACUAGUCAAGUCACCCAGGGCUGAUUUUCAGCUGCUGUAAACUGCAGCUUGGACUUUGCAGUGUUGCUUCACGGGGUGUGCUCCUCCUUUAGGUCAGAUGGUAUCUGUUAGCAGCUGACAAACUUAGCAAGCAACCCCUGUGUUUACAAAGUGCUCUGAUAACAAAGGGGCUGUGUUUUUGGUAAGCUUUUCGUUUUCUGUGCCCUUGGUGAGGGUUUUAUUUGCCCCUUCCCGCUCCUAGAGAAGUCCACAAUACCAUUUUAAUGGCACGUAGAAAUAAACAAGCGUGCAUUCUCUCAGUCACGAAGCGACACUUUCCCACAAACCAACCCAACCCAAACACAAGCAUUUUAUGUUCCUGUGAUUAAUAUGUCUGUGUGUAAAAUAUUUCCAUAAGGGUAAUGCCAUUUAUUAAUUUGUGUACCUCUCUGGUUGUGUAUAUGUUGUUGUUUUAAGUUCUCCAGGGCUACACUAUUCCAAAGGGCAGUAUAAUCAUUCCAAACUUGUGGUCCGUGCACCGAGAUCCCAACAUAUGGGAGAAUCCAGAUGAUUUCCACCCAGCAAGGUUUCUGGAUGAAAAUGGCCAGCUCAUCAAAAAAGAAACAUUUAUUCCUUUUGGAAUUGGUAAUUCAACUCUGUUUGGUGUGUGUAAGGAGGGAUGGGGGUGCAGAUGGUGGGGACACCAUCUCUUGAUAGUAAAGGUAAAGGUAAAGGGACCCCUGACCAUUAGGUCCAGUUGUGACUGACUCUGGGGUUGCAGCGCUCAUCUUGCUUUAUUGGCCGAGAGAGCCAGCGCACAGCUUCCGGGUCAUGUGGCCAGCAUGACUAAGCCGCUUCUGGCGAACCAGAGCAGCACAUGGAAACGCCGUUUACCUUCCGCUGGAGUGGUACCUUAUUUAUCUACUUGCACUUUGACGUGCUUUCGAAUUGCUAGGUUGGGAGGAGCAGGGACUGAGCAAUGGGAGCGAACCCUGUCGUGGGGAUUCAAACUGCAGUAGGACAUCUUUAAAGCAGUGUACAUUAAGUAUUGUAUGUUCAGCAUUUAUGAAGGCCAGGAAAAUGCUUGCUGGUCUCUCUCCUAUUUAUUUUUACUUUAUUUUAUUAGGAUUUAUAUACUGCCCUUCAUCAUAAGAUCUCAGAGCGGUUCACAGUCUAUUAUAGUCUAUUACAGAGGAGGACAGGCUUUGUUUUACUAAAACUCCAAGGUUUAAAGUGGUUCAAAAGUUAAAGAACAGGAUUUACCUCUGAGCACAUUCUAAUUCUAGGAAUUUGCUUUCAGUACCAGAACUGAACGGAGCUCAUAGUCAUUCGACACAAUAGUCUGCUCCUCCUGCUGCUUUCUUCAUUUCAGCAGCCUAAUUUAGUUGGGAAGUUAUUUUUUGUUGCGGUUGUUGCUAUUGUUGGAAACCCUUCCCAGUCAAAUCACCCAGAGUUCAACAGGGAGAUUCUAAGCUACCUUCUGUCCAUCUCUGGUCUAUUAGGUUAUAUUUAGCUGUCUUAUAUGGGACAGGAUCUAGCAAAACCAGUUUAGUCUGAUAGUGAAUAAAGAGGAUUAUUUUAUACCAUUUCUUUUCAGGGGUCUUUGUGCUUAAUAAAUUUGGAACUGCCUUAAUGGAUUUAUAAAAGCCUGGUUAUCAUAGCGUACGUCCUGGACCUUGUAGCAUUUCUUUCUUUCCUUUUUAAAAAAUGAAUCAUAGAGUUGGAAGAGACCACAAGGGCCAUCGAGUCCAACCCCCUGCCAAGCAGGAAACACCAUCAGAGCACUCCUGACAUAUGGUUGUCAAGCCUCUGCUUAAAGACCUCCAAAGAAGGAGACUCCACGACACUCCUUGGCAGCAAAUUCCACUGUCGAACAGCUCUUACUGUCAGGAAGUUCUUCCUAAUGUUUAGGUGGAAUCUUCUUUCUUGUAGUUUGGAUCCAUUGCUCCGUGUCCACUUCUCUGGAGCAGCAGAAAACAAUGUUUCUCCCUCCUCUAUGUGACAUCCUUUUAUAUAUUUGAACAUGGCUAUCAUAUCACCCCUUAACCUCUUCUUCUCCAGGCUAAACAUGCCCAGCUCCCUUAGCCGUUCCUCAUAAGGCAUCGUUUCCAGGCCUUUGACCAUUUUGGUUGCCCUCCUCUGGACACGUUCCAGUUUGUCAGUGUCCUUCUUGAACUGUGGUGCCCAGAACUGGACACAGUACUCCAGGUGAGGUCUGACCAGAGCAGAAUACAGUGGCACUAUUACUUCCCUUGAUCUAGAUGCUAUACUCCUAUUGAUGCAGCCCAGAAUUGCUUCAAUGGAAAUGGAUUCCCAUAGAGAUUAUUAAUAUUUAUUUAAACUGUGAAGUUUUCCCCCCUUUCGUCUCUCUCACCCACUUUGCUUUCCUUUUCAGGAAAACGUGUGUGCAUGGGAGAACAACUUGCCAAGAUGGAGCUGUUCUUGAUGUUUGUGAGCCUCCUGCAAAAUUUCACAUUUCAAUUUCCCGAAGACAUGGAGAAGCCAUCGAUGGCAGGAAGAUUUGGCCUGACUUUAGCUCCACUUCCAUUCAACAUCAUUGCCUUAAAGAGAUGAAGGAACCUCAGACAAGAACACUGCAUGAAGUUUGUAUUACUCUUACGAAAAUUCAGGGCUAUAUAUGAAAUGCACUUCAGUAACAAAAUCGCCAACCCUGAGCAGGGAUGGGAAACCUGCAGCCCACAGGGUACCCACAGGCUCAUAAAGCACUUUCCCCUUAGCCUGUGGGCUCUUCCAUUAAAUGUGUUGAAACUUUUUGAAUGCGGAAAAGGAAUAAAAGCUUCUAGUCUUCGAAGUUGCCGGACGACAAGUGACAACUGGUGCAGAGACUGUUAAUGGAAGUGUCAGGCAUUGAGUGGCUUUUUAUAUUCGCUUAGAAAUGAAGGAGGAAAAACAUAAAAAUUCAGUUUUACAUACAACAACAGUGGGUAUCUCUCUGUUAUACAGGAGUCGUGACAUCCUUUAAAAUGGCCACAUUGAAGGUACAGAGAGAUGUAUAAUAAAAACAGGAUUUGCUGUGGUUUUUGCUCCUGUGGGGUGAGUCUGACUUCUAUCCGCCUUCACUGUGAAAAGAGCAGCCUUACACACCCCUGAUUCAAGUCUUCAGGGUUGCCCUUCCCUCAUGUUUCAGACUGAUUGACUGCUUUUCUUUCUUUUAACUUUCAAAGCAUUGAGUGUGCAUUUGUUCCAUUAAAUGUGCAUUUCGUCCCCUUUAAUACUAAAAACAUAGAAGCAUUUCUGAAGUGUUGAAAACUCUAGCGGAGGUGGGUUAGUGAUGUCACCGUUCCAGACAAUCAGUGCUGUGCACAGCUGGUUUCUCAGAACAUAAAGAAGAGCCUGCUGGCCCAUCUAGUCCAGCACCCUGUUCUCACAGGGGUCAACUAGAUGUCUGUGGGAAACCAGCAAGCAGGAUUUCAGCCGAAGAAAUCUCACCUCUCCUGUGGUUUCCAGCAACUGGUAUUCAGAAGCAUUGCUGCCUUCAACCAUACAGAAUCUCUUUCCUCUUCGUCCAAGGAGGGAGAAGAUCACUUCCACAGGAGGCUCACAGCUCAAAUUAUAUAUACACCUGUAGGUACACGAGGUUUGUCUCUUGGUACUUCUGUUUAUUCCUGCUAAUGGGGAUAUGAAGGCACAAACGGUAAUGCAUGGAUCCACACACAACAGGAACAUUUUGUGUGUGUGGUUAGCAUGAAUUUAGGCAAUUGCAUCCCUUCACUGUGCUAUCUGUGUGCAUCUGAAAUACGGUAAUUUUAAAUAAGGGCCAUCUAGGAAGAUGGCUGGCACGUAACAGUUCCCCCAGACACAUGCAUGUAUGAUAAUAAUACAUGCAUAUCCUGGGAGGUAAAGCCAUACUGCCAAAGCCUUGGGCUGGCCUUUUUGGCAGAGGAUAAGCUGCUUUGAUAUAAUCAUGGAGUUCAUUUCCAAUUCAUUUCCAGGAAGCAGUGACUUGAGACAAACGGGGUAGGAGCUUAUGAAUCAACACUGUGCAGGUAUGAGCUACAGAAAGCCUGCAGUGCAGAGAAACCUUUAGGAAAGGGGACUCGGACUCCUUGGGCCAUUCUUGGUUAACUGGAAACUUCAAUGGAAAAACUAAAAUUGCACUGCUAAUUUUCAGCUGACUACUGUUAAACAGCCAGAGUGUGGCAGGGGCGACAUGGCUGGCAAUGCAACUGAUUCUUUGUAUGGCAUGUAAGCCCUCUUGUAAUAAGGCAGCCUUUUUAAUGAAGCACUUUAUAAUUUUGUCAAGAUCCAAAGAUCUGUAUUUCUAUAUUUUAGUAGUUGUUAAGAGCCUCAUGAAUGAUAAUAUAUAUUACAUGGAUUGCCUAUAUCUUGCUGAUGUUUACCUUGCCUGCUUUAUUUCUUCCCUUUCCCCCAUGAAAAACAAAACAAAAUGAAUGCCUUGUUUAGAAUUUUAGUAUGGAAUAUAUAAUUGCUGUUAGAAACUAGCAUUUGAGAUCAUUGCUGACUAUUUUUAAAAGGUGCCUAUCUUUCUAAAUACAGCCUGAGAUCUGUUUCUCAGUACGAAUCUUUGUCUAAAUAAACCUUUUUAUUUU